CAAAACUUCCAAAAUGGCUUGGUGAUGUGUUUCGCUGGCGGUGAUUGUAAACAAAUUUGGGAAGUCCUUUUGUAUAAUGCCAGAGAAUGAGAGAUAUGGAGAUUUGUUACUAAUGGUUUACGUCAGGUGAACCAAGAAAAAUGAUAAAAGAGAGCAAAGACUUGCAGCGGGAAAAUGGAAGUACACCAAUUGUGAAAACAGAAGCGGCUACUCCUACUGGUGGAGGGCCAGAGGCUGAAGCGGCAGCUGCAGCAGCUGUUGUUGCAGCAGUGGCUGCUGUAGUGAAGGAAGAGGCACAGGCCGAAGGUUGUCUCAAUGGUGUAGGAGUGGAUGAGGCUGAGCAGGUGGUAGAGAAACCUGCUGAGCCAGGACCGAGUUCCCAGCAGCCAACACCAGAAACAAACUCUGCUCCUGUCCCUGAUUCCACAACACCUGUAGUUCCUGAUUGCCCAGUGAAAGUUGAAGAAGCACCAGUUACCGAAAAACUUGUACCAACAGUUCCAAUUAAAACUGAGCUGAAUGGCAGUGGGAGUAGUAGCAGCAGCCAUGAUUUUCCUGUGACAACAGCCCCUCCGUCAGGCGGAGGGUCCACUCCGACAUCAACAGAUCACUGUGAACCUGGAUUACCCAUGAGCAUGGGGCUCACCACAACUACUGGACCACCUCCAAAUGGAGUCCAACCUCUGCCCAGUAAUGUAAUUAACAAACAGCCAGGCAGUAUGGAGGCACAGUAUAUGCAACAGCAAAGCCAAAUAUUUGUAUUUUCCACCAACUUGGCCAACAAAUCUGCUGAUGCUGUUCUGCAAGGUCAAUACCCAUCCAUCAUUGCCUUUCAUUGUGCACAGCCAGGAACCAAGAAGUACUUAGAGAAACACCCACUGAAGAUGAAUCAGUUCAGCCGCCAGAACCCUGCGCAGUGGCUCAAUAACCUGGUACAAAUGAAGCAGAAAGGAGGGCCGGGGGGCUUGAAAGGAAGCACCACUCCACUACCUGAUCCAUGGCUGCAAAGUACAUGUGCUGGCAAUACUGUGAGUAGUACUGUUGGCAACAGCAGUGUUACCAGUGGCUCUGGAAUGGGUGGUGCCAACAGUGGCAGCAGUGGCAAUAAUGGGGCCAGCAACAACAACAAUGCUAACAACAGUAAUGCCACAAGCAACAACAACAGUGUUACUCCCACUAAUAGCAGUACACCAAUUGUCAGUACGAGUGGCAUCUGCACAAGUAACAACAAUACUGCAACAAGCAGCACAAAUACAAACAUUACCAAUGCUGCCCCUAGUAGCUGUAGUACUUCUGUAGCGAGUAACAAUGGCAAUAAUGUAAUGAUCCCUCCUUGCCCCAGCAGCGGACCAGUAAAGGAUACACCGUGUCUUAUGGGAGGAUCACCAACUGCAAAUCCUAUGAUGCAUCACAGCCCAAGUGAUGUACAGCAACCGUCUCUGACAGGUGUUAAAGUUCCUGAUGAAAAUUUGACCCCACAGCAAAGGCAGCAUAGGGAGGAGCAGCUAGCUACCUUGCGUAAGAUGCACGAAAUGCUGUUCCCUGGGGAGCAUCAAUCUCUAAUGCCAGAUGGAUCCAUGUUAGGGCAGCCAGCAGACAGUGUAGCAAUGCAAAAUUUGGUGCUUAUGCCACAGAAGAACAUGGGUGCUACAAAUCACGUUACACCGACAUCUGCCGCUGCACAAUUGGAAUGGCAUAAAUUGCAGCAGCAGUUUUAUGAAGAGAGAAAGAAGAAGCCUGUGAUGACUGGUGUUGGCAGCCCAGGAGGUGCAGCUAGGGCAGCUUCGGGCCCUGCGCUGUUGAGGUCUCAGGGGCCACCUCCACCAUAUCAUCCGACGACUAGGUCUGCAAGUGUCCCAACAGCCCUGUCUUCUCCAACCCCCGGUUCGCCAAAUAACCCUACAUCAAACUUGUCUUUGCCAUCGCCACGUGCCUCAUCAGGUAUAAACUCUCCUUCUGAUUCGAACAGUCGGCAGCAGUUCAGUACUGGAUCAGCUCGUCUUCCUGGAGCAGGACCUAGUCCAACAGGUCUUCACAACACUCCUCUUGAUUCGCCAGGUCCAAGUCGUCCACUUAAUCCGAGCAAUCCUGGGACACCACUGUCCACUCAUCUGUCACCGACAGCAGUUCGAAAAGAAGGCACGGAUUUUACAGGACAGCAGCAACCUGUUGACACUAUGUUCUGCAGAACACUUCAAACACUUGCCCAGCAGAAGCAGCAGCAAAUUCCAACUCAACCUCCUAAGGAUUCAAGCCUUAUUUCAGUGCCAUCUAAGGAGCCAAAUCUUAUGCCAGUACCAUCCCCACAGCAGAUACAGUACCUCAAUACUUUUGAAGGGCAAGAGUUAACUAUUCAGAAGCAACCAAACACAAGCUUGAAGGAAAGCAACAUCAGUUCUCCUUCCUUACCUCCACCAAAUUUGGAUGGAAACUUACAAGGCUCGUCCUCAGAUAUGAACACUCGUAUGUCUGGGCCUGCCACUCCUCUUACACCAACGUCUGUGGAGUUAAGGUACCCAAGUGGUUCUGGUGAUACUAGAUUUCCUUUACCAAGUCCACACACGCCAGGAUCUGAUAACAAGGCUCCACGUCGAACACCAGGAAUGGAUGGACCUGUGAAAGCACCGCGACCUGAGGAUGGAGCACAUUUCCUUAGCUCCAGUCCAUUGAAUGAUGGAAUGGGUGCGCUAAGGUUUCAGAAUCCCAAUGGACCACCAGGAAGUUCUCCAUCAAUGUGUAGCCAGGUACCAGGAUUUGUACCACAACAGGCACAGCCGGGUGUGGGUGGUGUAAAAGUGACAUCUCACUUUUUAGAUGUUUCGCCAUCUGGUGGAGGACCACCUGUUGACAUUUCACCAACAACUGGAGGCAACUUCCCAUGUCUGCGAUCAGAAAAUGUGCCUCUGAAUCCAAAUGUGAGUGGCAGUGUUUCUUGUGAUGGUAAGAUGGCUCACUUUGACCCUAUCACAUCAAUGGCGCAAAUGAGUCAGCAGUUGACGAGCAGUGUGUCAAACUCACCAAAUCCACAGAAUCCUGUAAUGGUAGGCGGACCGGGUGUGAUGGGUUUUCAGCAGUCACCGGCCCAUCCUGGAGAUGUGGGACCUUGCCAGGAUGGUGGACCUGGUGGGGGUUUCGUGAGUCUCCAAGUGCAAGGUGUGCCACCACACUCAUAUAGCCCCAGUGGUGUUUCAGGGCAAGGAGGAGCAGUUCCGUGCAGUGUGCAGCAUCCUGGAACUGUUGGUUCUCCCAAGUCUGGCAACAUGUUGGGGUUAGGUCCACCAAGGGGACCUUCUCCUUACAUGGGAAAUCCCUGCCCACAACGUGCUCCUGGAAGACCCCCAGCUCCAGGAACGUAUGGUCACACAAAUGUUCAGGUAAAAGCAAGUACCCCUAAUACAAUACAGUACUUACCAGCAAAGCCACAGACAGGAGCCCCAGGGCCGAGAGGACCACCGAGUCUUGACUUCCUGCAGCGAUUUGCCAAUCCUCUAUCCAGCUUAGAUGGCAGUGUUCCUGUCCAUAACCUGCAGUAUUUUCCUGGAACUGGUCAGCCAAAUGGUAAUGGAGUGCGAAUGGGCAAUGUGCCCCAUUCUGGCCCUGGCUGUGGAAAUGUAGGUGGCCCAGUAGUCGGUCCCAGUAGUCCUGUUGUUGGUGUGAAUCUACCAAUGUCAGGUGGAAUGGUUGUGGGCCCUGGAGGGCCAGGAAUGGGAGCAGUCCCACUGCGUGGAGGCCUGCGUCCAAGUGGAAUGAUGAGGAUGAGUGGUGGAAUGCUGGGAGUUGGGCCUUGUCCCGGUGGUGAACAUCCAUUUGUGCCGGGUCCGGGCCCUGGCUCACAGGUAUUUGUUCCUGGACCAAAGUCCUCACCUAUGGGAUUAGGUGGUGCACCAGAUGCAAGUCAGCCAUUACCACCUUCAAUGGGACAAGCAAACAAUUUCAAGAAUUCUCCAUUCAUGGGUCCUACAACAGCUGACCCUAAUUAUGCCCAACAGUUCCAUAAUUUUCAGCAACAGUUGUAUGCUACCAACACUAGAAGUCAGAUGAGCAAUCAGACUCUUGGUCCAAAUCAAUCAUUUUUUGUUCCAAAAUGAGCGUUUGGAUUGUGUGAAGUAAUUCACAGUGUGUUGCCAUUUUGGAUUGUGUAUUUGAAUGAUAAAAAUACCAGCACAUCCGUUGUGAAUAUGCGUGUGUGGUGUAAGAAAGAUAAUCUCACUGUUUCAACCUGGAACAGUGAUCAACGAAAGCAAUAUGGAUCCCAUUGGUCUGUAAAAGUGAUAUUAAUAUUUGUUUAAUUGCCAUGUUAAACAACUUAUCAUAUUAAUUUAAACAUUGUAAAAAUUAGAACAUGAUGUCUGUCCGUAAAUUUUGUCUGGUGUUUUACAGAAUAUUCGUACUGAUUUACAGUAUGUCACAGUUGUAUCUUUGUUUAUUUACAGAGGGCAAAAUCACUAACCGUGUUGAGCUUAGACAUUUGCAGUUCUCUUUGAAAAAAGAUGGUGAAAAUCUCUUUAUUUUUGUUUAAAGUUUGAGAAUGUAUUUGAAAACAACUGGUUUGUUUUACUUAGCAGUUUUGUGAAACACUAGAUACGUAUCUUGAAAACUGUCAUAUCAAUUGUAUUUCAUACAUUUAUCUUCAAACACAUGAACUUCAUGUGUAAAUUAAAUGAUUUCCGUGUUGUUCCAUAAAUCAAGAGUUAAUGUUUUUGUGUCUUGUAAAUACCAGAUUUGUAAACCAGUACAUGCAGUUUGUCAUUCAUAUUCCACCCAGUCUUUUAAUAGUGUUUUUGCACUCCACUACAUAUCUUUUUGUGUUCCUUCCUAUUUGAACUGUGGUAGCAGUUUAGUGAGUUGCACAGUGUAGUUCACUAUAGAGAUUAUUGCCACAGAGAAUGGUUGUGGUAACUACGAAGUUUGGGGACUGAAACUUCGUGGGAAAGAAAAAGAGACACUGAAGGAAUUGCACCACUCAUUGUACUUAAAAUGGGAAAAAAAUCAUUUGUGAUUGAGUGUCUUCCAUUUUGUUUUUAAUUUUAUGGCUCCCAUUUGCGUCCUAAGCUGUGACUGUUACAUCAAAAGUAUGAUUUAGCAGUUGUAUCUUUCUUUUUAGUAAUGAAGACUGAUGACUUUGAAUGUUUGUAAUAUGGUAACAAACCAUUUAUGACAUACUUUCAUAAGUGCAGCUGGCUUUUGAAAGGCAUCUAUCGCUUCUCACUUCUCAGGGAAUGUUAGUGGCUAUGUGACAUGGAUGAUAUGUGGUUUUUGUAUAUAUGUAUAAAUUAUGUCAUGAAGGAACCAGUUACUUGGAUGUAUAAUGUAAAAAGAUUCUUAUACUUGUGACUAUCAUUAUAGUCUAUUUGACAAUAUUAAUUUAGACUUCUGUCCAUUGUACUUUCACUUUGCUUCAUCUGAACAAAAAUGAUGAAUGUUACAAAAAGUCUCUUCUGGAUGAAAUAGUGACUUUUAAUUCAAGUGGACAUUAGUGGUGGACAGGAUGAAGAAAAUUUCAGCCUAAGUUGUACAACCUAUAGUUGAAACAUGGCAGAAUAUUUAUAGAUUUGAAUAUAGAAUUUGUAUUUGGUUUUUUAGACAUUUUUCUCAUUUAUUUUGGUAACAGUUUAAUUUCACACAUUUAUUUUGAUACUUUUAAGCUUACAUAGGCUAACAGUUUCGUUGCAGCUACUAUCUGCUCUGUUCCCAUUAAAAAAUAUGGAAUUGGUAGCAAUCCUUUUCAUAUAUUGUUCAAAUUUUAAUUAUGUUAAAAAUAGUUUGUUACCACGAUAUAAAUAAAAAAUCUUUAAAUGUUGACUAUAUCAAGUCACAAAAACUGCAUGUUGAGAGUGCACAAUAUUCUCCAAGUAGACUAUAAUGGGCUACAGCACAAUUGAAUGUGGUUAUUUCAGUUCAGCAGUUAUGCAUGACCCUUAGAAGGAACUAGAAUUAUGCUGA